AGAUCUGGGACGGAUACAAGUGCCAACAAUACAGUUUCGAAAAGCACAGGUCACUGCAUCACUGCGCUGCACAAGUCCCUACAUCACUGUGCUGCACAGGUCACUGCAUCACUGUGUUGCACAGGUCACUGCAUCACUGUGGUAUCUGGUAGUCUGCUCCAAGAUAUAGUUAAGAUAGCAAGAAAGAUGUUCACUGAAAUUUAUUAGUUUGAAAGAGAAAGAGUAAAUACAUAAUUCUUGAAAAAUAAAAACAUUGAGUACAGACGUCAAUAAAAUUAAGAAAUAAACGUUGCCAUGACAUUCUACAGAUUAUGGCAAUUUUUGUGGUGGUGCUGAUAGUGAAAUAUGAUGUUGAGGGUGGCAGGUGGUAGUGUGGUGCUGUGUUGGUGUUGAUGGUGAGUGGUGGCAGCGUGGUGCUGGUGACAUGGGGCGCAGAGCCUUGCACCAGCCGGGAUAGUGUUGUGGCCAAGUGUUGUGGUCGCUGUGGCCAUGUUGGCCUCUGCGGUCGUGGCCAGACCAACACCAUCCUUGCACCACCUCAUCAACAUAUCUCAUGCCACCAACUUGACUUUGCAGCCUUCUGUAGCCGCCCACACCUCACUUGCAAGCUCCCAAGGACCAAUGGUAGGCACUGAUUCGCCUUUUGUAAUAGUGGAUCCACUUAACUUAACAGCGUUCGACGGGGAAGACGUGGAAGCCGACGAGGGCGUAUUUCAUGGGCUGUUUACGACGGUGUUGGUGGUGCUGGUGUUGCUGAUGAUCAUUGUAGGUACUGUCGUGGGUAACCUGCUUGUCUGUGUCGCCGUCUGCCUCGUCAGGAAACUCAGGAGACCAUAUAACUAUUUACUUGUGAGCUUGGCAGUAUCGGACUUAUGUGUGGCACUCUUGGUUAUGCCGAUGGCAUUGCUUCACGAGCUCCUAGGCAACUGGCAGUUUGGACGGCUAGCCUGUGACGUGUGGGUGUCGUUUGAUGUACUCUCCUGCACAGCCAGUAUUCUCAACUUGUGCAUGAUAAGCGUCGACAGAUACUUGGCCAUCACAAGGCCUUUGGAAUAUGGGGUGAAGCGAACACCACGCAGAAUGGUAGCAUAUAUCGCCUUUGUCUGGCUUGGUGCUGCCUUCAUUAGUGUUCCGCCCAUCCUCAUAUUGGGUAAUGAACACGGAGAUGGGUCCAUCUGCGAAGUCUGCCAAAACUUCUGGUACCAAAUCUAUGCCACUUUCGGCUCCUUUUACAUUCCCCUGACAGUGAUGGUCAUCGUUUACUAUAAGAUCUUUUGUGCGGCGAAGAGAAUCGUCAAUGAGGAGCGGAAGGCCCAGGCGCAUCUUCGUCUUGUGGAAGAAGCUGAUGCCGACGCCAGAGCCUCCACCGCCAUGCUUGGUUCAUACACUCAGCUCAAGCCCGUGUCCAGGUAUAGCGUAGUGGAGGUCAACAACGGAGGUGUGGAGACGAGACUGGCGCCGGAGCCUCCACCUCUAUGCUCCAAGGACGAGACAGGUAGUCUCUUGGGCUCCGACAGUCCACAUCACCUCGAGGGAUCAUAAUGAGCGCCUUCGUUGUCUGUUGGCUUCCAUUCUUCGUGCUGGCUCUGGUGCGCCCCUUCAAGAAACCCUCGUCCAUCCCUGCAUGGAUCUCCUCCCUCUUCCUUUGGCUUGGCUACGCCAACUCUCUCCUCAACCCCAUUAUCUACGCCACUCUCAACAAGGACUUCAGGAAACCCUUCCAGGAGAUUCUGUGUCUUCGGUGCGCUUCUCUCAACCUACUGAUGCGGGAGGAAUUCUACCACUCCCAGUACGGUGGACCUGACACCCCCACACUCUCCGCCGUCAGGACCCACCCACACACCAACCCCAGGAACUCCUCAGAGAUCCACCUCACCAUCAAUGAGCCUAGGGAGGCCAGCAUCUCCGAGGAAGCACACGAGUCCAGGAUUUAAGGAUGUAGCUUCUCUGGACGCAGCUUGUACCAGAAGCACCACGUCAACCUUCACUAGUAGCGAGCAGGGAAACAACAGCGACAAGAUUAGUUUGAAUCCUGGGGAAAAGCUGUAAGAAAUCAUUAUUGUUCGCUUGAAACUUCGUACGCAAGCAAGCACACACACACACACACACACACACACAUACACACACACACACACACAUACACACACACACACGCACACACACACACGCACACACACACACACACACACACACACACACACACACACACACACACACACACACACACACACACACACACACAUUUGUUCUCAUUCCACGAGAAAGGUGAGCAUCCUUUCUGUGAGGCAGUAGAUCAAACCGCUGCUGUGGUAGCGUAGGUCCCCAGGCACUGGUGUCGCAGGUGUGGGUUUCCAUGCUUUGCUGCUGCUGGAGAGACUCUUUGAUCACUCCAAACCACCACCACCACCUGCUACACACCCAAUAUCUUGCUAAUACAAGAGCAUGUGUGUACUCACCUAGUUAUGUUUGCAGGGGUCGAUUCAUACCUCAUAGCCCCAUUUCUUUAUCAUUGAUAGUUUUAUUGAUUUCUAGCUUCCAGGCGCCGUUGUAUGUUAACAUAAGCGAGGACGAGAGAACUCCAGAUGGGCCCACAUAUAUUGUCAGACAAAACAACACGAGCUUCAGGCAAGAUUGACCAAAUGUGAAAGUGCAGAAAAAGAGAGAUUGCUGCAUUUUAAUCCUGAGACAAUCAGGAGUGCAUGAGGCAAACUUGGAAAAUUAUUUUCCCAAGUGCAAUAAUUUCUCAUUACAGCCCUAGCCAUUCCAAGAAUAGGGUCAGUUUCAGUAUUAAACUCUAAUGUAAACUUUAAUGUAGUUUUUAAAAAUUUGUAAAUAUCAAGAUUUUGGGUAUGUGUUUAUAGAGUUACUUUCUGCUAAAGACGCUAUUAUAAACUUUCUUUUUAUGAUCGCAUUCUUUAAGCUCUAACGGCUCACCUGAGAUCUUUCAGACUGACCGUUCUUUUAACAAGAGAUGCUGGUUUAGGCAGCUCCAACUUUAAUAUUGAAGUCAUAUUUGUUUUGGAAAAUACUGCGCCCUGAAUUUGAAGCCUGAUAUGUCAAAUGUUGCAGAAUAAUGGCCAGUGAUUAUCUGUGAUGAUUAUUAGUGUAAGUGAGUGCUGGAGCUUCAGUCUUCAUAUUAAGUUUAACAGAAUACUCACAGUUAUCACGAAGUGAAGUUUGAAUUAUCGUAAAUCAGUGACUCUAAUAGAAGAUAUAAAUUGCAUAUUAGAACAUUUUAAUCGUGAGAAUAAGCGGACUAAUUAAACAGGGAAAAAAAUACCUCAUGCUGAUCAACAAACUGUCCUUAAGCGUAUAACUCUGCAAGAUAUUUUUCAAGAUUAUUUAUUGUGUGUAAUCCAGGUUAGGGAUGUGAAGUUGUGUACAGCAGUCUCUGUGGAUGCCAUCACUGUCGAGCUAAGGGCACAACAAGCUUCAAGUAUAGGAAAUCCCGUGAAACUUUAUAAAAACUAAUUCUGAUAGUGCUGUGUUGUUUCAUACGUUCUGUGUGAAGGAAAAAAAUAUUUUAGAAAUACUUCUGUGGAAAUGAUUCCAAACUUUUGUGUUCUGGCAUAGAAAACUAAGAUGAGUCUGAAGCUGUGUUUAUUAGUGCUGUGUGUGACCUUUUUAUUGAUGUGGUUAUAUCUGUCUGCACUAAAAUCCAAAAGUUAAAGCCAAUUACACUGUGACUGACAGCUUAAUGUUUCUUUCAUAUAAUGAUCAGUAUUAAAGUGGCACUCUGUUUAUUGAUGUAAAAAACAGUGAAUGUUGUUUUACAUAUACUGCAAAUCUGGUGAUGUGCAUCUAAUGUUUUGUAUGAACUUGGUUACUAUCUCCGGAAGCAUUUUCUACACACUGACAAACUCGAGUAAUGUUAGGUUGUGUUCCUGGUGCUUAUCCAACACAUAAUUCAGUAUUUAGUAAUGUAAUUCUGUGUCUAAUGACAAACAACUUGUAGUAGUUAUUGUAUGUUGAUAAGUGAAGAGUUUGUGAAAUAUAUUGCAAAAAGGAAUUGCACAUAUAUGGUCAGGUGAGUGUAUCAACAAAAGUGAUCGCAGAUUGUAUGACGAAUUUGUCAUUUUUGUGAGACUCUGUUAAGGCAAGCCAGGUAAGAUGUGUCUUAAAAUCUUCUUGUGAGAGAUGGUGAUACAACCUUUAUAUUUAACAAAGUCAUAAAAUCUACAGGCAAGUGACUGUUCAAUGGAGUGCUCGCUUGAUCCCAGGCAGGUUGAAGGCGUGUGGCGGGGAGUUAGCAGACAGGAUACUAUCUUUACUAACUUGACACUAGGUAGUUUAAUCAGUUUGAACAAAUGGGCAAAGAAGGGUAUGUAAAAAUUGUCUUAAUAUUGGUAUGACUGAGGUCCUCUAGUUUGCGACACUAUCCAGAGGGCUAUAACCUGUAGCACUUGGUUCAAACAACUCCGCGAGUUUUUUUUUUUUUUCCUCUACUCGCUGAGGUCAUCACUUGAAUAUGAAGGAAAACUGAUUUGCAUAUAUUAGCUUCUGUCUACUUCAUUUCGAGUUCACUAUAACACACGACCUAACAUCUGUUCACUCCAUCUAUCAGCACACAGUUCGUCGUUGAUUGUUAUAAUUUACUGUCGAGGUAAUAUUGGCGGAUAUCUAGUGAGCAAAUUCAUCACAGUCUAUCACUGAAUUUGUUAUUCGUGUCGCUAUUUGAGUUCACGUGAAACUGAGGAUUUUGAAUAGAAAAUAAAUUAUGACAAUUUUAGAAUUUAUGUUCACCAACACACCGAGUAGCGUAUUCUUUUUCGAAAGUCAAGUCAGCAACUUAACACGAAAAAAAAAAUUCAAUGUCUUAUUUUAAGUGUGAAAGAACCACUCUCGCAAAUUCUUUGGUCCACCUAAGACUCGUGGUCAUUGUUGUCCCAGAAAAUUAUUAAUCUUCUUCAGUACACGAAUAAAACUCAAGUAGGUGAGUGUACAUACAGUACAUAUGGUAAAGGAACAAUGUGUGUUUAAUGACCAUCAGUUAACAGUUUAAUGAAUGUAUCCACAUACACUUGUCUCAGAUUCAGGAUAAUAUUUUUUAUAUCAUUGAAUUCAAAGAUUAGAAGCUGUUAUUUACCUCAGGUUGUUUCAAAAUCCUGACCUAUUGUAAAGUAUACCAUUCCUCAACUUAACCUCCCCCCCCCUUUUUUUUCCAGGAUGCGACCAACAACGGGAGGCUAACAGUCAGGUAACCGUUUACUGCGAGGUAAACAGUUGUUAAAAGCUAACAUUCAGGCACCUAGUUUUUGCUAGGUUAAAUUUAUGGACCUGCCCGAUAAAGGGUUUUAACAGGUGUGAGGAGACUUGCUCAUACAGCUGAAGUAGCUACUUGUGCACCUACUGUCUGCUUAGUAUCAGCAAACUUUUAAAAGUGUUCGAAAAAUAAAUAAUAAACUAAUGUUACAAAAUAACUGUGAUUAUUUUACAAUUCGAACCCACCAGACCGCUGGUUCGAGGAGCGAUCAUUUAACUGAAUUUUGUACCUAUCAUUACUUACUGCCUGGAGUGCACUAACAUUGGAAAAUGCCUGGAAAUUCUGGUCAGAAAUGUGGGGCUAACGGCACUUCUCAUAGUCGCUGUGGAGAAGAAAGAACUUUUGAAUAAUCUUGCGGAACUCUUAAAAUUAAAUAUCUGUAUUAUCUUGAAUACUUCCCUAUGAAUAUUGUAAUAAUAAUAAUAAUAAUAAUAAUAUAAUAAUAAUAAUAAUAAUAAUAGAACACCUUACGAACUCCUUGCUUAUCUUGUGAAAAAAGAUAAAAAGCUCCAUGUUGAAAAAGAUGAAAAAAGCCAAUUUUUCUGCAGACAUUUGAAUAAAUUUUCAGGUAUCUUUGAACCAUUGUAUCAAUGGAUAUGAACUCAGUGAAUAAACGGAGUAAACAAGAACUCGAGCCAUGGUAGCUGGAUGUAGCUAGGCCAGCGCUGCACCACUGAGGAUGAGGCUUAGAAAUAGACUGAUUUCAAAAACAGCAUUCCUGUGUUUAUAUGAGCGUUUGUGUGUACGUAUGAGUGUAUGCACUCGCCUAGGGGACGAUUCACUGCUCCUGGCCCCGCCAAGUGUGUGUAUAUGUAAUAAACAUAUAUUUUCUUCAUGGGUGACUAGGGAUCGAACUAGGGGCAAGAAUUUGCAUGCCUGCCGCUCUAAUGAACAUGCUCAUUUGAACUUCAAUAAAGACCAAGAUUCAUUCCAUAUGGUCUUGGGAAAAGUUAUUAGCGGUCACCAAUUGCGAGAGUUGGUGACCGAGACUUCUUAGCCCUUCCUGUAGAAGUUCCUGUUAGCAUGAUGGCUGGAGUAGUGGGCUCGUAUUUCUUACCCCCUAUUCGAUCCCUAGCACUCAAUAUAAAUAUUCAACUGUUUAUUACAAUUUCUAACGAACACACACACACAGUGGAGAUAAACAAAUUUAUCAGAAUAAUUGAUAGGAUAAGCAAAGAUAGACUGUUUGAGAGGGUACAGUUGAAAAUUAAAGACAGAUGAUUCAUGAGGAAGUAUUACUUCAGUCUCAGGAUGGUCAGGAAAUGGUAUGACCCGAACGAAGAAAUGGGUGAGGCAGGCUUUAUACGUAGUUUUAAUAGUAGGUAUGCCAGUAUCUAUGAGGUUAGGGAAGAGUGAAGUUGGGUAGCGGCAAGUCGAGAGGCAGAGCCAGUAGCUAAGACUCAACAACUGUAACAAAAUAUAGGCAAGUUUGUAUAGGUAAAUAUUUGCAAAGUGGAGCCAAGUCUCGACCAUCGCAAACCCAAAUCUGAGUACACACACUGAUCAAGAUAGUUUACGUAAGAUUUGUCAGGAACAGGACAAGUGUUUCCUGACGCAGGUCUUACUCAUAUGAUGACCUACCAUUAAAGCUUUUGCUUAUCUGCCCGAGGCCUUCCGCUGGCCUAUCUGUCCACCCCUUUAAAUAUUAGAUAUAAUAGUAUCGAGGGAAACCCUAAUACACUGUUGUAUUAACAGCAGAUCACAGCCUACUUUAAUUUGCAUUAAAUUGUUUGAGACUGAUUUUCUUAUACAUAAUUCAUUUUCUUAGAUUAUGUAAUGGCUAAGUCAUUAUACCUAACAUACAUGGUAACCUGUAAGUAUCCAUCAUUAAUUAUUAUGUACAAUGCCUUUAUAGUAUGUACAUUAAUAAUAUGAAUAGAUUUGAACACGUAGCUAGCAAAUGAAAAGGAGGUAUCCAUAUUAAUGGGUAGUAUACGUAGAACCAGCCACUAACUGUACCUCUUUAUGACAGGUAUACAUAUUAAUUAAUAUACAAAUUAAGAUCUAGAAUACAAAUUGAUGCCACAGAUUUAUAAACAUCGUGCAUCGCAUAAACACUAUUUCUUUUAACAUCACAUAAAUUAGCAUCUGUAAACGGCAUUACAAGCAACAAUUAUACACACAGAGCGUAUACAAACACUUUAAUCAAUUAAUAUAUAUAAAAACAAAGGAUACAAUUAUUAACCCGUAUUGCAUGUACUGAUCCAUUUUAUCAUCAAUGUUAACCUUUAAGCAUUAAUUACCUAACAUUAACCCUGCAAUAUUUUUUCUCUAACAUUUGCUCUGAAAUAUCAAUUCGCUGUGAAUUCCCCCUUAUCAGCCAGUGAAAGGAGUAAACUAGUUGAUAAAAUAAAGCAAGAGUGAAGUGAAUUUCUGCCGAUCGACGCGGCUGGUAAUCAAGCCAAAUGUGGUCCAUAAACUAAUGCUCUCAGGGUUUGAGAGUUUGCUUGCAACUACUUAUCAGCGGGGCAUUUGUUAUUCCAGACAGCAUAAGUUUCAUGAAAAUAACAGGAUAAUAGCCUAUGGAAGUGCAAGAGAGUCAUUAACGUUUCUAGCAGCCUCAUGUAUCCGGAAAAUCCAGACAUAUGAUGGUGCAAUUGCAACAUUCAUGUGUUCAAACUUUAGCAGCCUCUAUGAUCAGACUGGACGUAUUUAAUAAUGAUAAUCAUAAAUGAAGUACAUUUAAUAUUAUUACAUUCAUAGGAGAAGCGCUAAAGCCUUUUGGGAGUCCAUCAACGCCGGGAGAAUGGGAAGCAAUCAGGUCCGAUACAAGGGAUGGUCCAGUUCCUUGGAUCAAGAGUCCCUCAUUAUGAAAUCUCCCUUGAGGGGCACUGAAUUAAAGGUAUAUGAUGAAAGACGAUGGCGGAGGGUCCAGCCUGAGAUGGAAAGAUGUCAAGGGUCAACGUGACACAAAAAUAUUACGGGUUUUACUUCCAAACUGACAUCUGAUAUCAGUAGAGAUCAAUGUGAUACCCGGCACCAAAUAACUUUAAAGAAAAUGUGGCCUUUAAGAAACAAAGCAAAAUUAGGUAUAGAUAAAAUUACUGGCAGUGAAGAUCAUGCAAAGGCUUAGACGUAGGUUUUAGCAAAAGCUUUAAACUGAGGCUUUAGCAUAGUCUUUAAGCUGAGGAUUAAGCAAAGGCUUAGGAUGAUGCUUUAGCAAAGGCUUUAGCCUGAGUUUUUAGCAAAGGCUUUUGGCCGAGGUUUAAGCAAGAGCUUAAACUGAAGUUUUAGCAAAAGCUUAGGCUGAGGCUUUAGCAAGAGCUUAGACUGUGGCUUAAGCAAAGGUUUAGGCUGAUGUUUUAGAAAAGGCUUAGGCAGCAUUUUGUAAAAUAGUUAAGAGUCUUCAUUUAAGCGAUCAGGCUUAGGUUCAAGUUUCGCGCAUAAGAUAGACGAGGAUUCAGGUGUGAGCUUCGGACGAGUGCUCAUUCCAGUGUUUAAUGUAAACUUCAGUGGUUCAGGAAAAGCUGAAAGACAUCUCUUCUCAAUAGUAACAGUAGUAAAUUCGGUUCAGGCCGCCAAACUGCCGAUGAAUUAAUCGGCUUAAAGGUCUUGCCUUGUGUAUAUAGCCCAUCCUAAUCUCUCGUAUAUAGGAAUCUCUUACGUCUUUAUCAAGACAUCGGUAACUAGCUGUCAUAUUUUGUAAUAUUCUCCACCUUGGUAAUAACUAAUACAAUAACUACCACUAUGCCAAGAACACAUUUGCUCAUCAGUAGGGCAUAAAGGUCUCGUAGUAGUGUUCCCCGCCAUUAGUCAGAGCUUAUUAAACUGGGUUGACUACAAGUGACCUGCGCGCGCACAUCACCACCUUCCAAACAACUUUUCUCUUGCAGCUGCAGCAGCACACGUCUGCGACGCUAGACCUCAACACACUGGCUGGGGUCACGCGAGAGAAGAGGAUAUUAACGGUAUUAUGAUAUAGUUUUGUUAAGUCUUAUCUGAAUGUAAUGAGCCUUUCCAGUGGUUAUAUUUGCAUGUAGAUGAGGCAGAGUUGCAAUGCAGAGAGUAUUUGAGAAAAUUUAGACAUUGUACAGUACAUAUUUGAGUGUGGCCGGUAUGUUGUGCUGCGAGCCUCACUGUUGUACAGGUACUGUAUAUUGUACAGGGCUGUAUACUGGACAAGUUCUGCAUAAUACACUUUAUGAAGCAUGUUCCUUUCCUCUAUGUCAUAGAUAUACCCUCCUUGCUCUUCUGAGUAAGUAGGUUUCAUGUAGUAACAAAAGGCUAACGAGGCCAGUAAUCCACGGUAUUUAUAAUUGUUUUAAGACUGCCUCAGCAAUAUACCAAAUCACAUAAGAAGUCUUUCAUGUAGACUCGCUCUAACAGGUGCUUCUAGUGCUACUCUUACUCAGAUAUCACUUAGGCUGUCGCCUUGACGGCUCUAGGAUAACCUACUUAAAGGUGACAUCGAUCUGACACAUUAAUGGUCACUAGUCAUUAUCCAUAUUUUAGACUUUUCUUCUAUUUUUAUGUGUUCAAAUUUGUACCUUAUUCAUCCUUUGAUGAAUACUAGCGCAAGAGAUGAACGAAGGGUCUCAGCAUUAGCUAGUCUGAGAGGAUUCACAACCAGUAACUUUCGUUAUGAAGAUGACAAGUUCUCACCAACAGCUUUAUAAAUCUGUUAUUUGGUCUGUAUGUUUUUAAGCUGGAACAGUUAAGAGUCUAUGAUAUGCUAUUUUGUAUGUUAGUAAACCUGGAAACCAGCAAAAUGUUCUCUUAUUUUAAGCUGAAACAUAUUGAGUCCAAAAUAAUAAUGCACUCCUCUCUAAUGUUGAAACACUUUGAGUCCAACAUAACAGUGCAUUCUUGUUUUAUGCUGGAACUCAUGAAAUCCAGCAUAAUAAUGUACUCUUAUGCUGGAACACCUGGAGUCCAGCAUAAUACUCUUCUUUUAUGUUGGAACACCUGGAGCCCAACAUGAGGUCCUCUGAUUUGCAUUACGUUUAGUUGUAGUGGAUAGUUUGAUGUAUAUUAGACGUCUAAUAUGUUGUAGACAAUACCUGUAAAGAUGUAAAGAAGUGUCAGGAAGAUGUUUUCAACCCUGCCUAUAAAAAGAUGUAUAUUGAAGAUGUGUGUUGAAGUACCUGUAUGUAUUACACAGUGUAAUGUACAGGGGAUUCUUACUUUUAUUGUAUGUUUGUACAACUGUAAAGGGUAGAAAUGCUUGUUUCCCUAUUUGUGAUUCUCUGCAUAUGAACCAGGCUUCUAAAUACAAAAUUCUAAAAAUCAUUAGUUUCGUAGUCUCGUAAAUGUAUUAAUAGUGGUAUUAAAGGUGUUCCAGCACAUCUUUCACAAGGUCGCCUACUGGACGCAGCUACACACGGGCACCUGCUCUUCACAUUUCUUAUUUAAGAUUAUUUUUUUUGUUUUGUUUUGUGAAUCGGUGUUUUUCAGUAUUUAUGAAUUUUAUUUUUUGUUACC